GGACAGUAUGGGCUGCCCAAUUUACCUCGGCAUCAGUGUAACAGCACCGUGAGUCCUACUUGAACAAGCUUGAAAAGCAAUCUCAGAAGGUGACCCUGGUCGGCGUAGAUCAGCCGAGAUACCGACUUUAGGCAGUCACUCCGCGUUGUUGCAAGGUGUCAAGCGGGCCAUCUCCCACCUGUGUACAACAACGUUAGCAUCAACCAAACAUCUACGCAAGUCACCAUGGAUCCAUCGAAGAAGAAGCAGUAUCUUGCCGACAGUCCGCCAUCUGUCGUUCCACUGGCUAUCAAACCGCAUUUCGAAGCACUUGGCAAGACCGAACAGCUCUAUUCGCACUACAUCAGUAAGGCAUGUUUCGCUGGUACAAGAGUAGUCCUCAGACAGGUUUCCCCUGAGUCCGAACCCAUCUAUGACUUCAUCUUGAGUCUACAUAAGCACUGCAAUGGUGACUACUCGAAGCUCAAGUCUGAGACCGGCCUCAACGACGAGGAGAUGAACCACUGGUUACACUAUGCCGCGCAGUUCCUCGGAAACGCUGGCAAUUACAAGUCAUUCGGUGACUCCAAGUUCAUCCCUCGCUUAUCUCCUGAGAAGCUCGCAGCUCUUGGAAAAGUGUCUGACGCAUCUCAACACUAUGAGCUUUGCAAGGAGGCCUUCUAUGAGACUAAGGUUGAAGACCUUAUGCACCUUGGUUACCCACCCCAGCAUCUUACUACCUAUUACCCAGAGUCUCCUGAAAUCACCAAGGAAGAAAUUGCUGCUGUGUCAGACUUUGUCAAGGAGAACGGAAACCUUCUCCCCGAGAACACACGCCUGAAGAAGCUUUCGCCGGGAGACUUCGAGCUUCUUAUCGCCUCCGCAGUCGCAGAUCCCUCCAAGUCUGAGAGAGACGUGUCAGAGAAGUCGUUCACUUUAGAUACUGAGCCUGUCAAGGGCAAGAAGAUUACUCUUGUCUAUGGAGACCAUGCCAAGGAAAUGGAGAAAAUUGCCUCCUUCCUCGUUCAAGCCAAAGAGCAUUCAGCCAACGAAUAUCAGAGCGACAUGCACAGCGAGUACAUCAAGUCAUUCAAGACUGGAUCCAUGACCGCACACGUUCAAUCACAGCGCCACUGGAUCAAGGACAGGGGACCUGACGUCGAGUCAAAUAUUGGGUUCAUUGAGACAUACCGCGAUCCACAUGGGAUCCGCGGUGAAUGGGAAGGGUUCGUCUCCAUGGUCAACAAGGAACGCACCAAGGCUUUCGCCCACCUUGUCGCCGAGGCACCCAAGAACAUCAAGAAACUGCCGUGGCCUGCUGAAUUCGAGAAGACCUUCGUUGCUCCAGAUUUUACUGCACUUGAGGUCCUGACAUUUGCCGGAUCUGGAAUCCCUGCCGGUAUCAACAUUCCCAACUAUGAUAGUGUUCGACAGGAUCCUCAAGGUGGUUUCAAGAACGUCAGUCUGUCCAACGUGCUUUCGGCCAAGCCCCCAAAUGAGAAGAUUCCAUUCAUCAAGGAUGAGGACAUGGAGGUCUACAAGAAGUAUGCCGAUGCCGCUUUCGAAGUUCAGGUUGGCCUCCACGAGCUACUUGGCCAUGGUUGUGGUAAGAUCUUGCAGGAAACAGAGCCUGGCAAGUUCAACUUCGACCACAAGAACCCACCCGUCUCGCCCAUCACGGGAAAACCUGUCACCUCGUACUACAAGCCUGGCGAGACAUGGGGCUCAGUAUUUGGUGGUAUGGGUCCUAGUUACGAAGAGUGCAGAGCAGAGUGCGUUGCUAUGGCACUUUGCCCUGACUACGGCAUUCUACAGAUUUUCGGCUUCGGUAAUGGAGAAGAGGACCUUCACGGAGAGUCUGGAAACGUCCUUUUCGCCGCUUACCUGUCGAUGGCUCGUGCUGGUGUGGCUGCACUGCAGUUUUACAAUGUCGACGCGAAGAAGUGGGGUCAGGCACAUAUGCAAGCUCGUCACGCUAUCCUCAAGGUUUUCCUUUCCGAGCCAGACUUCUGCAAGCUCGACUAUACGAAGGACGAUCUUAGCGAUCUGACCAUCAAGCUCGACAGAACGAAGAUCGCUACGCACGGUCGCCCUGCCGUUGAGAAAUUCUUGCAGAAAUUACAGGUAUACAAGGCUACCGCAGACCUGAAGGCCGGCAAGGAGCUGUAUGAGGGUAUUACGAGUGUCGAUGAGUGGUUCGCCAACAAGGUCAGACCUGCUGUAUUGGCCGCGGCCCCCCCACGCAAGGUCUUUGUGCAGGCCAACACCUUCAUCGAGGGUGAUAAAGUUGUUCUCAAGGAAUAUCCUGCCACGCCUGAGGGUCUCAUCCAGAGUUACGCUGAUCGCGACUACAUCUAAGCGGGGUAUAUGGAAGUGAUUCCAAAUAAAAUGUACGAGAUUAGUAUACAAUGGGUUAGUGACUUCAGGUCGUUGUGCGAGAUUAGCUUGUGAUAGUAAUAACGUGCUUCCAUGAACAAUUCUAACAUCUUGAAACUCAACUGUGCAUUUUUACAGCAGCCGAUUCACGUAGUACAUCAAUCGUGGAGCGUCGAAAAAGUAGAACCCCAGCUCACCGGCUUGAUAGCAUAUGCUGCAGGGAUAUCACAAAUCGAGAAGCACUGCAAUAUCCAAAAACAGUCACCACGCCAUGUAUCUACUCAAUAGAAUCAAGUCAGGAAGGCACAUCCACCCUUCCCCUACCCAAUAGCCCAAUGCAGAGCACAAUCGCGC